GCGCAGCGGACUUUCACGAACUUUCCCCACAUAUUUUAAAACAUAUUUGGGCUUCCAGGUCUCUUUCGUGUCGCAUAAAUGCCGAAACUCUACCGCGAAGCUGCGGGUUUCGUUGCCGGCUGCGUGCGCGUACCUUGCUAGGCGAUGGACGGGCAGCAGACACAGGUGAGCGACGAAGAGCCCGAAGUCCCGCGAGAAGACACCCGGAGGAGGAGGAGGAGGAAGAAGGCCAUCUCGGCGUCCUCCUGCGCCUCCAUGGAUCAGAUCACCGUGGAGUUCGUCCUGCCCACCGCGGCGCGCGGCGGGGGCGGCCCCGACACGCUGCUGCUGGAGGUCGCUGGGAACUGGACGGUGGAGCAGGUGAAAGCUCAGGUGUGGCUGAAGGCGGUGACUUUAAACCUCUGCCCGGACUUCUACCAGCGGUUUUCCCCCGACCACUGCAUCCUGCUCUACCAGAAGAAAGGCAACGUGUGUGAGAUCUACGACAAGCACCAGGUGUUCCAGACGCUGGACUGCAUCCGCUACUGGAGAGCCCUGAAGAAGGACGUGGGGCGGAUCCAGCUGGUCCCCCGCCCGCAGCCCUCCGACGAGUCCCUGCAGUACCAGCGCUACCUGAACUGCCUGAUCGGCUACGACGUCACCGACGUGAGCAACGUGCACGACGACGAGCUGGAGUUCACCCGCAGGAAGCUGCUGACGCCGCGCCGCAUCGAGCUGUCCGAGCGCGACGCCAAACUCUACUCCAUGGACCCCUGGGUGACCCGCAAGCCGCUGCCUGAGCACCUGCUCACCAAGGUCAGCAACGCUCACGUCCUGUUUGUGAUCCACAUCCGCACGGCCAGCCAGACCAUCAAGGUCGCCCUCGACGACACGCCGACGCAGGUGUUGGCGAGCUUUUUCGCCAAGACGGCGAGCAAGAGAGUUUUGCUGGGCAUCCCUGACGGCGUGUGUGAGGCCGACUUUGUGCUGCGUGUGUGUGGAAGGGAGGAGUACCUGUACGGGGAUGAACCGCUUCAGGACUUCAACUGGAUCCGUCAGUGUCUGAAGAACGGGGAGGAAAUCCACCUGGUUCUGGAGACGCCCCCUGACACGGACCUGGAUCUGGUCCAGAAGGAGGACUGGGCACAAGUGGACGACUGCACCGGAGUCGCAGGUACCCACGAGCAGCUGACCAUCGACGAGAAGGACCACGAGCGGGUGUUCACCAUCUCUAUGUGGGACUGUAACAGGAAGUUCAGAGUGAAGGUGCUGGGUAUCGACAUCCCAUCCCUCCCCAAAAUCCCAGAGUUCAUUGUCUCCAUAGAAGCCAGCAUCUUCCACGGCCAGCAGCUUCUAGCCCAGGAGAGGACGUCCUGUAAAACCUUCAGCGAGGAAGUGCUGUGGAACUGCUGGUUGGAGUUUAACAUUAAGAUCAAGGACCUGCCGAAGGGAGCGCGACUCAACCUCCAGGUGGUUUGUGGGAAGCAGCCCCUGACGCCAAACUCCAAGGGAGCCUCCGCCUACCAGGACAACGCAGCAGGAACCGGCAUCCAUGACGGGAAGACCAAGAGCCGCCUCCUGUACUACGUCAACCUGCUGCUGAUCGACCACCGCUCCCUGCUGCGCCAGGGCGAGUUCAUCCUGCACAUGUGGAAGAUGCCGGAGAAGAGCGAGGAGAGCAGCAGCAGCAUCAACGCCGACAAGCUCACCUCGGCCACCAACCCGGACAAGGCGUCCGCCAUGGCCGUCGCCAUCCUGCUGGACAAGUACUGCUACCCGGUGGUGCUGCCCAAGAGCCGCGACGUCGGCGGCCGCGGGGCCGAGGAGGCCGAGGGGGGCGAGCGCGGCCAGCGGGAGAUGCCCAACCACCUGAAGAAGCAGUUCGAGGCCAUCGUGGCCACCGACCCCUUGCACCCGCUCAGCCCCGAGGACAAAGAGCUACUGUGGCACUUCAGGCACGAGUGUAUGCGCGACCCCAGGGCCUACCCGAAGCUCCUGGGCUCCGUCAGGUGGGGGAGACAGGAGGACGUGUUGGCGACGCACCGGCUGUUGGAGCGCAGCAGCGCCUGGGACAGCAGCGGCCUGGACGUCGGUCUGGCCAUGCAGCUGCUGGACUGCCACUACUCGGACACCCAGGUGCGCUCCAUGGCCGUCAGGAAGCUGGAGACUCUGGAGGACGACGACGUGCUCCGGUACCUGCUGCAGCUCGUGCAGGCGGUCAAGUUUGAGCCGUACCACGACAGCGCCCUGGUCAGGUUCCUGCUGAAGAGAGCUCUGAGGAGUAAGCGUAUCGGUCACUUCCUCUUCUGGUUCCUGCGCAGUGAGAUCGCCCAGUCCAUGCACUACCAGCAGAGGUACGCCGUGCUGCUGGAGGCCUUCCUCCGGGGCUGCGGCGAGGACAUGCUGCAGGACUUCAGGAAGCAGGUGGAGAUGACGGAGGCUCUGCAGAAAGUCACCCGGGAGAUGAAGGCCAUGUCCGCCGACAAGUGUGACAUCACGGCUCAAGUGGUGUUCCAGCUGCGUCAGAAGCUGGAGACUCUGCAGCUGUCGGGUUUGCCGGAGAGUUUCAGAGUCCCUUACGACCCUGGACUGAGAGCUGGAGCCUUGAUGAUCGAGCAGUGCAAGGUGAUGGCCUCCAAGAAGAAGCCGCUGUGGCUGCAGUUCAAAAGGGCCGACCCCACCACCCUGUCCCGAGACCCCAUCGGCAUCAUCUUCAAAGACGGAGACGACCUCCGACAGGACAUGCUCAUCCUGCAGAUCCUGCUGAUCAUGGAGUCCAUCUGGGAGGCCGAGACCCUGGACCUGUGUCUGCUGCCGUACGGCUGCAUCUCCACCGGGAACAGAAUCGGUAUGAUUGAGAUCGUGAAGGACGCCACCACCAUCGCCAACAUCCAGCAGAGCGUGGUGGGAAGCACCGGGGCCUUCAAGGACGAGAUCCUCUCCCAGUGGCUGCAGGACAAGUGCGUCAGCGAGGACAAGUUCCAGCAGGCCGUGGAGCGCUUCCUGUUCUCCUGCGGCGGUUACUGCGUGGCCACCUACGUUCUGGGCAUCGGGGAUCGGCACAACGACAACAUCAUGAUCACCGAGUCGGGGAACCUCUUCCACAUCGACUUCGGCCACAUCCUGGGGAACUACAAGAGCUUCAUGGGCAUCAGUAAGGAGUGGGUUCCCUUCGUUCUCACGCCCGACUUCCUGUACGUCAUGGGAACGUCGGGGAAGAAGAGCAGCGCCCACUUCCUGAAGUUCCAGGACGUGUGUGUGAAGGCUUACCUCGCCCUUCGUCACCACACCAACCUCCUCAUCAUCCUCUUCUCCAUGAUGCUGAUGACCGGAAUGCCCCAGCUGACCAGCAAGGAGGACAUCGAGUACAUCCGCGAGGCGCUGACCGUCGGCCGCGGCGAGGAGGAGGCGCAGCGCCACCUGCUGGACCAGAUCGAGAUCUGCAGGGAGAAGGGCUGGAUGGUGCAGAUCAACUGGUUCGUCCACCUGGUGCUGGGCAUCAAGCAGGGGACCGGGGACAAGAGGUCCACUUAGGCUCCUCCCAUCGACUCUAUUUUAAGAAAUAAAGUCUCGCAGCAGAGAAAAGACGGAAAGCUCGAAAAACGAUAAACACGGCUUUAGGAUUUAGAAAAAUAUGUUUUUUUAGGAAGAAUAACGAGAGCAGCUGAUUAGCUAAAAUGGGAUUGGACCAUCAUUUCAACUCAGGAUGCUUAGCCACGCCCCUUUUUUAACCUGCAGACCAGGUGCAUCCAUGCGAAACUGAAUGUAGUUUAAUAAUUACGCAACAGCUGUUUUCAUGGCUCCGCCUCCUCCACCAAGUCAAACACACCAAACUCCAAGACAUCUACAGAGAGGUUUUGUUCCUCUUUAUGAAUUAGAAACACUUUUUAAAAUAAUAGAAACAAAACCAGAGAACAGGAUCUCUACACGCGUCUAUUUUCAUCCUUUUACAAUUUACUUCCUGUUUCUCAGUUGUCACUUCCUGCCGAGGAAACACCUUUGCGUCGCACUUCCUUCCCAUUGUUUGUUGCGUUCUCUCCGAGGUCGCGCCGCACUGUCGGAGAAAUAUGUUUUCAUAACAUGAAUUAUGUAUUAAAGUCCAGUUCGACCGCGCUGAUGUCUAACGGCUGUUGAAGGUUCUACUUCCGGGUUCUACUUCCUGGUUCUACUUCCUGGUCUGUCGGCGCCGCACACGCUGGUCAGUGCCGCGGUCACUUUGAAUAAGACGGUUAACGCACGUCUGUUUUUAUGUCUACGACAAUGAUUUUUAAUAUUUAGAAGAAGAAAUUUACAAGAUUACUUGAUCUCAUUCUUAUUCUUAUUCUUAUUACGUCUUAAACUGUUUUGCCAGAUAAUAUAUUUGCCAGUAAACAUGCCGACAUUAAAAUACAAGUCAACAAGU